AUGUCGUUUGAAUUCAAAAUUCCGAGUAGUUUCUUGAAGAAAAAGGCCGAACAAGAACAAACAUCCGACGGUGACGGAAGAUCAACAGAGUCUUCAUCUUUGUUUAAACGUCAGUUCCCUUCAAGUCGCUUGUUUGGAAAUCUCACUCGCGGCGGUCCUACGUCUGUUGUAAGCCAGGCUCGUAGUGAAGGUAGUAAGUACAAUGAAAGCAGAACUGAUGGCGGAGGAGGAUCUGUCAGUCGAUUUAAGCUGGUUCGUAAUGUCGAGAAGAGUCCGAAGCAGCCAGGCCGUCCUGGUAAUUCAGCAACUGGCUCUGGUGGGGAUCGACUGCGUCCCUCUUCCAUAUUUCGUAAAAGGAGCUCAGGCAGCAUAGCUAGUGCAGCAGCUGUAAAAAGGGCCACGAAACUGGUUCGCGCGAAACGCUCCACCAGUCGGGAAGACAUUUCUAGCUCGGACACAAGUGAUAGUUGGCUUCCAAUUCAAAACUUCUCCCAGCAACUUCUCCCAAACCGGUCCCUUCUGGCACUCAUUGGGAAACACUGUCCGACCGAAUUCGACAGAUACCAAGUGCUGGAGGAAAGAGAUAAGCUGCUGUCUAAACUGAGAGAUGAGGAGAAUAAGCACAUUGAUGAGAAAAGUCGUAAGGUUCAGGGGCUUUGCACUGGAAUGUGCACAGAAAAGGAAAGAUACGUCCGUGUGGUUCAGAAGAGAAUAUCUCCAUAUGAAUGCGGUCCCAAUGGGCUGGAACCCAAUCGUCUUGUAAAGGAAUACGCCAGAAGUACUUGGAUUCUCCACACCAGAAGUGAUGACGAUUUAGCCAUGUGGUAUGAUUUCCUAUGGAGUCGUACACGUGCUAUACGCAAAGAAAUUACCCAGCUCAUGUUAUCGGAUGCUACUGCUGUAGCUCUUUUUGAAAGGUCCGUUGGAAAUCAUGCUAUUAUUUACCGUGCACCUAUUAUAAAAUUGUAG